UUUCCUGAACUUCUGCUGCAAGUUUUACCCCGAAGUGAAGCGAUGCCUCCCAGUAAAAGCUUCUCGGAGUUCCAGGUCCAGGGUCUUUUCCAGCAGGACUUACCCGGGUUAGGGAGCUCCAAUCGCGGCUGUGAUCUCAGAGAAGCUCCGUGCGGUAUCGUGGAGCUCCUGGACACCGCGGCGCUGCGCUUUCUCCAGCCGGAAAGGAGCUCCGUGGAGCGGGCGCAGAGGCGGAGGCGUGUCGCUGCCAAUGCCCGGGAAAGGAGGAGGAUGCUCGGCCUGAAUGUGGCCUUCGACCGGCUGCGGAGCGUCAUCCCGGAGCUCCAGAACCAAAGGAAACUGUCCAAAUCCGAGACCCUGCAGAUGGCGCAGAUUUACAUCGAGACCCUGAGCGAGCUGCUGCAGGAGGAGGAGGAGGGAGAACCGGAGAAGAGCCGCAAACAUGGGGACAAAUCGGGGGGAACACCGGGGGGAACACCGGGAGACACCGGGAAGAGCAGCCGGGGACCAGAGGAGAAUCAGAGGGGAUUUAAUGAGGACACGUGGGGGAGGACCAGCGGAACCAAAUGACUUUAAAAUAACCUUUUUUAUAUAUAGUUUCCUGCAGAAAUGAUUUGUUCCCCGAUGUCCUGAGAGAGAAAAGACUUUAAACUCUGAGGUUCAAUGUUAAUCUCAAUUUACUGCAAAAUGGUGGAAGUCCAUUUAAGUUAUUUUGUUUACAUAUUUUGUAAUAUCCUUGUGUAUUUCCAUUUAUUGCAACUCCAUACUUCUACACCACCACUUUUCAGACUCAGAAAUGCAUGGAGCUCCAGCAUUGAUCCGCCUGUAAUGCAGUGUUAUUCUCAAUUUACUGGAAUAAUAGCCACUGUGGAAAGUACUUACUGCAGUACUUUACUAUUGUUUUGACAUAUUUUGUACUUUACUUGUGUAUUUUCAUCUAAUCCAACUGUUUACGUCUACUCCACUACAUUUCAGAGGCAAAUAUUCUACUUUUUACUUAAUUUAUUUAACAUUCAGUUGCUUUUUAAUUACAGAAAACCCCUGAUGUGUGAAUAUGAUUCAGUUAUGUGUUCAAAUUGGCUCCACAUUGACAAACUACUACAUUAAGAAGCAGUUUUUAUUGAUAAAAUCUGGGUAAUAUAAUACUUUUUAAUAAUAAGACGGUGUUCUGCAUACCGAGUACUUUCACUUUUGAUAUUUAAGUAGCUUAGUGUACUCUAACUUAACUUACACGUUGAAGGUCUUAAACUUGUGAUGUUGGGUACUUCUUCCACCACUGACAAUAAUUGUGUAUUUAAACAGUUUGAGAGACUUUUAAAUUUAAAUGUAUUUUUUUAACAAAAAACAUGAACUUCUGACGGUUUGUAUUUGUGCAACUUUUCUCUUUCUCUAAUUUCUACAGAAAUGUUUCCAAAAAAUCUGAAAAAUGUUGCAGAAAAAUCUGUUUUGGGAGAAAUAAUGACAGAAAUUGGAGGUUUGAGAGAAAAAGGCACUGAUAAUAAUAAUAAUAAUAAUAAUGUAUUUUAAAUGUUUGAGAGACUUGUUGAGUAUAAAUAUAUUUUUCUGACAAA